AUGACUACGGCUGCCUCAUAUAAAGAACUGACCAAGCUUGAGAGCGCGCGACUGCCUCUUUGCAUGUUGGCAUGCAAGGGAGUUCCAGAUGUUGACUACGAAAAGCUUGCUGUUCUGAGAAACACGGACCCCUUCCAGUUGUUCAAGGAAAUGGCUCAGAUCUGGUACAAGAAGGGCCUUUUAGACGGCCAUGCUACCACCCUGACUACUUCUGAGAAGGCUGAUCGCGGUGCUUCGGCUCUCUUCCACGCAACUUCCAACAAGCACGGUGCCGACAGCCAGGAUAUCAACAGCGAGCUCCCUCUUAAGGGAAAAGGUGAUCCGGCAAAGACCUCCGGGGGCAACGAUGGCCAGAUCAUUUUGGACCAGAGUGAUGACCUUUCCGAUACGUCGAAUGUGUGCGCUGGAGAUGUGCAGGAGGCCGUCGAAGGUUUGGCCUGA